AUGGAUAUCCACCGCUGCCGCUUCGUUCCUUACAACCCGCAGGCUAUCAAUGCCCUUGCGUUCUCGCAUCCCCCAUCCCGAGAUCUCGCUGGACGAGGUGUCAAGACGCUUCGACUCGCGGUCGGCCGUGCCAACGGCGAUAUCGAGAUCUGGAACCCCCUGCGCGGCGCCUGGUUCCAGGAGACAGUUCUGCGCGGUGGAAAGGAUCGCAGCAUCGAAGGACUGGCGUGGACGCAGGACCCCGCCGGGGACGACCCUGAUGGGAGCGGUAGCAAGAUCCCAGGCCGCCUCCGCCUCUUCAGCAUUGGAUACUCCAACGCGGUAACCGAGUGGGAUCUCGAAAAGGGACUUCCCGCCCGCCAUUCGAGCGGCAACUAUGGCGAGAUCUGGUGUCUGGCAGCGCAGCCCCGGUGGAAGCCUGCCAAAGGCAAGGACGGGAAACCCCUCCCUCCCGCCGAAGGUGAAUUUAUUGGCCAGCAUCUCGCGGCUGGUUGCGCGGAUGGGUCAAUCGUCAUCCUGUCGACCGCGGACGGUGACCUGAAGUUUCUGCGUAUUAUGCGGCCCUCUACGAAAAGAGCCAGAGUCCUCAGCAUCACGUUUCAGAAUCGCAACGUUCUUGCUGCGGGAUAUGCGGACAGUUCGAUCCGGAUGUUCGAUAUUCGGAAUGGACAGCUGUUGCGAACGAUAUCUCUGGGCAGGGGUCCUAGUGGGGGUCCCAAGGAAAUUCUUGUGUGGUCGGUCAAAUGCUUGCCGGACGAAACUAUAGUCUCGGGCGAUUCAACUGGAGAAAUCAGAUUCUGGGAUGCGAAGAACUAUUCUCUCAUCCAAAGAGUCCAGGGACAUCAGGCUGAUGUUCUGGACGUUGCGGUUAGCGCCGAUGGAGAAUCAGUCAUCAGCGGAGGAGCCGAUCGGAGGACGGUCGUGUACCGGCUGAAACCCGGUGAAAAAGGUGACAAGAGACGGCGAUGGGCUGAAGUGAUGCAUCGACGAUACCACACCCAUGACGUGAAAACGUUUGCUGUCUACGAGACCAAGGACAUAAGUGUCGCCGUAUCAGGAGGCCCCGAUGCAGCCCCGGUCGUCCUACCUCUGCGCGAGUUCGGAAAGGAGCAUCACCGGAAACUUUCGAGCCUCCCCCAGACCCCUCAGCUCACGUCUUCUCCUUCUUCGAGAUUAAUAAUGAGUUUCUGGGAGAGGGAAGUCCGACUAUGGCGUAUCCCACGAGGGCCCGGGUCAUUAUAUGACGCUUGGGAUGGCCAGCGACACCAGUUGGUAGGAAGGGUUUUGGUUCAGGGCGAAGAGAACAUAACUUCAGCCACGCUGUCGUCAGAUGGUUCGCUCUUGGUUGUUGCCACUGUGUCCAGCGUCAAGGUGUUCACCCUGCGACAGCGCAAAGGGGAUGAGAGAGACAUUCUGAAGAUACAAAAGGUGGACGUGCCUUCAGAAGUAUCAGACGACGGCGCAAGACUCGUCGCUGUAUCUCCAGACCUCCGUUGGUUGUCUAUUGUGCGACCGAACAGUGAAAUCUAUCUCGCAAAGAUGUCACCCUCCUCCGGCAAAGAAAAGCCCCAGAUACACCCGAAACUCAUCAAAGUGGAGCGUGCUCCCCGCCACAAUCGACACGAGAAAGCUUCGCACGGCACCCUGGGCAAUUAUGAGAGGACAAUCAGAUCGAUUGUGUUCUCGGAUGACAGCAAGAUCUUGGCAUCGGGCGACCUCUCUGGUUGCGUGGAUGUCUGGGUGCUGGAGGACGUGAGCCCAUCGAGUCCGAACGUGGCCCGGAAGCCGAACGGUGUGGCCUCAUCUGACGAUGAAGAGUCGUCCGACGAUGAAGAUGAGCAGCCCAUCAUCGACGGCCAGCGCUGGAAGCCAAGCCCGAGCGAGUCGCCAAUACCGCGUUUACCAGCUGGCAUUGUCUUCCUGUCCUUCCGCCCCCGUCGUCCGACCAACUCGAAAGCGCUGACAAACGGGACUCACGGUCCUGCAGAGGAUCGCUUAAUGGUGCUGACCAGCGAGCACCAGCUGGUCGAAUUCGAGGCUCUCAAGGGCAGUUUUUCGGACUGGUCGAGGCGGAAUCCCAAGGCGUACCUGCCGGCGGAAUUUACAGGAGUAAAGGACCGCGCGAUGGGCGGUAUCUGGGAUAUCACCGAAGACCACGAACGGAUUUGGCUCUACGGGACAUCCUGGCUAUGGAUGUUUGACCUGACGCAUGAUUUCCCUUCCCCGGACGCAGCAGCAGCGGCGGAUGGUCAACAAAACGACCAGAAAUCGGGUCAACUUGUCAAAGCAUCUUCUUCUCAAAAACGGAAACGCGAGUUGGUGGAAGACGACGACGACCGGGAAGAGAGGCGGAAGUACAACAGCGGUGCCGGUGACAAAAUCCCCUUGUCGCAGGUGGACGUGUCCCUGGGCACGAAGAUGCGGAAGAUCGUCGGCAACGACGAGUCGAAGGAGGAGUGGGUGCAGGUCGAGAAGCAGCGGCAGAACGCGAAGGACGAGCAGGAGGAGGAGGGGGAGGAUGAGUUCGAGCACGGCGGCGGCAAUCCUUUCUUUGUGAACGACGAGUCGAACUUUGCCCGACUGCGACGCGACAAUAAUCCGGAUUCAGAGGAGGCUACUAGUACUACUACUACGCCACAGAAGAAGCGUUUGACGAAUGGUGUCUCCCACGCCGACAUCUUCCCGCAUGACGAUGACGGGCCUUCCUUUGCGGUCGUCGUCGACAAUACCGGCCACAGUGAAGACCGCACACCGAAGAAAGACAAGGAGAAGGAGACGGAGAAGGAGCAGAAAGACGAGACGACGACAGAUGCCGAGCCCAGCAAAAACAACAACCAACCCCGUCGCCAAUGGUGGCACACCUACAAGUACCGCGAUAUCUUCGGCAUCGUGCCUCUGGGGCAUUCUUCUCCUGAAGCUGCCAAGGGAAAAGAAGAGCGAAAUCUUCUCGAAGUAGCCGUCGUCGAAAGACCAGUGUGGGAUAUGGAUCUUCCUGGUCGAUAUGUGCGGGAUUACGAGUAG